AUGCUUGAUAAGGCGUUGAUGGCAGAGGCCAAACUAGUAACAAAGAAACAGACCAAUGCUCCAAUAACUGAAUGGAGAGACAAAAGAUCUGGAUCCAAUUUUCGGAAGGGCCGCUCAUUCUUUAUAGACAAAAGGCCAAAUACUGGAUCUUCAAGUAGUUCAAGCCAAAGCAGUGGGUCUAUGCAUGGUUAUCCAGAAUGUAGAAGGAAGCAUAAGGGCACGUGUCACCAUGCAUCUAGCGCUUAUUUUCGAUGUGGUAAGACAGGCCACAUGAUCAGAGAUUGUCUGAUGAGACUCGACACGACUACCCGUCCUGUGGCAAGUUCAGCCGGAUCUGCUCCUGCACCAAGAACGAAUGUGAGAGCCAAUACUGGGAGAGAAACAUUGAGACAAGGUCGGGUUUUUGCAUUAGUACCUAGGGAUGUACAGAAUACUGAUUAUGAGAUUCUUCAUACAACAAUUGGACGAGGAAGCUCUAGUUGUGUUUUCAAGGCCCAUAACCGUGACACCAAUGAAACUGUUGCUUUGAAGAGGAUUUAUUUACUUGAGAAAAACGAAUGUGUUCCAAGCUCAGCAAUUAGAGAAGUCUCAUUUCUAAAAGAGAUGGAUCAUAGCAAUGUCGUCAGGUUGCUGGACGUAGUGGAUAAUGAUAAAGCAUUGCAUCUUGUUUUAGAGUAUAUGGACCUCGACCUGAAGAAGUCUAUGGCCUCCUCUCCAGAUAUUGCCAAGAAUCAACAAAGUCUUAUGCAUCAGCUUCUUGAUGGUCUUGCUUAUUGUCAUUCUCAAAAAAUUCACCACCGUGAUUUGAAACCUCAGAAUUUGCUGAUAGAUUGUAAAAGCAUACUUAAGCUAGCAGACUUUGGAUCAGCCAGGGAAACUGAUGUUCCUCUUCACAGAUACACUGAAGGGGAAAUGAGGGAAAUUGGCCGUCUGUGGUACAUGGCACCUGAACUCUUGCUUGGCAGCCGGAAAUGCUCUACUCCAGUUGAUAUUUGGUCUGCAGGUUGUGUAUGUGCUGAGAUGGUGAUCCAACGGCCUCUUUUCACUGGAUAUACUCAAGUGAUCAAAAUUUUCAGCAUUAUGGGCAAGCCGAAUGAGGAAACCUGGCCUGGAGUGACUUUAAUAUGUGAUUUUCUCGAUGCUUUUGUCAGAAAUGAACCUCAGAAUCUGGCUGAACUAGUCCUGGGUCUCGAACCAGCUGGAGUUGAUCUUCUCUCUAAAAUGCUUUGCAUGAAUCCGGAAGGAAGAAUUACAACUUUCGAAGCACUGGAGCACCCCUACUUCGACGACAUUUUAGAGAGUCCUUGA